AUGACAUCAGCUAAGAAAUGGUCAGCUAAACGAGAUUUAUAUGAAUUAUUACGAGAACUUAAUAUUCCAUUUAAUUUAUUUAAUCAAAAACAAUCAAAUAUUAAAUUAUUCAAUUAUUUAAAUAAAUAUAGUAAUGAUAAUGAUGAUCAAUGGGAAGCUACUAAACAAAACAUAUUACAAAUGGAACAAAUUAGAAAAACAUGGAGAUUAAUAUUUGAUCAAUGUACUAAAGAUUUAGACAUCUUAUUAAUAUUUGAUCAAUGUACUAAAGAUUUAGAUAUCUUGUAUGAAAAAUCAUCAAUUAAUCAUAAUUAUAUUGAAGAAAGUUUAUCUUAUUAUAAAUCAUUACAAAAACAACAGCAACAAGAAGAAGUAGUUGAAGAUAUAAUUGAUGAUUCUCAUGAGAAAUAUGUUAAAAUGGAAUCAGAUAUUGAUACUGCUACUGCUUAUUUAAAACAAUCAAUUAUAAAACCAACUUAUAAUUCGAACUUAACAGAAUAUAAUAAUUAUAAACAAGCAAAUGAAAGUGUUAAUAAUUCAAGAGAUAGAAUUAUUAAUUUCUUAUUACAAGAUAAACAACAACAAGAAGAUAAUUUCAUUAUCUUUAUUUAUAGACAUAUCUUAUGCUUAUAUCAAAUUAAACGAUUAGAUGAAUUAGCUGUGAAAUUGAUCAAACUUAACUAUUUAGCGGACAUUUAUAAAUUAUUUCAUUCUUUUGAAUCAAGUGGACCAGAAGAAGAAGAAGAAGAGGAAGAAGACCUGUCAGAUGAUGAUCAAAGUGAUAAGAAUGAAGAAGUAAGUACACCGUCGUCAGAAUAA